AUGACGAGUGCAGUGAAAAGAUCGUAUCCAUUUGGUUCUAGACCAACAUCAUUAGUUGAAGAUUCAAACCAAUUCCAAGUGGCUCAAAUACCUUCUUCACAUAAAAAAAAGCCUAUUACAUCCCCAAAUAUUACGAAAGGUCGUAAAAAUAUGAAAAAUUUACAAUUGGUUGUUCCUCCUGUGAGAUCUUCCAUAUCAGCUCCAAAUUCUCCGCAACUACCACCAAACAAUUCCACCUAUUCUGCCUAUUCUCACAACAGACGUCCUUCAACACCGUUAUGCUUCUACCAAAAUAAAGAUGUUGCAAACUCUAAUGCCGCAGAUCCAAUGGCUUUAAUGUCAAAGACUGAAAAUGCUAUCGGUGAAGAGUUACCAUACAAAGAAGAACCUAUACGUAUAUUGGAUAAUUUAUAUCUUGGUUCUGAAUUAAAUGCUGCAAAUCGUUCAAUGUUAAACAGACUCAACAUAGAAUUUAUUCUUAAUGUGGCUCUUCUUCAAUCGGCCCGGAGUGCAAUGCUAUCAGGAAUUCCUUUAACAGUGCCUCCAACAUCCAAACAUAAUAAACAAAUAAAAUAUAAGAAAUUCUUUUGGACUCAUAAUCAAGAAAAUCUUAUAUCUGAUUUCGACUCCGCGUUUGCUUUCAUUAAUGAGGCUCGUUCUGCUGGUAAAAGCAUUCUGGUCCAUUGUCAGUGUGGCGUUUCACGUUCCGCUUCCCUUAUUAUAGGUUAUGUUAUGGAAGCCAAUAGUAUGAAUUUGAAUCAAGCCUAUGAAUUUGUAAAAAAUAGGAGUCCUUAUAUUAGUCCAAAUAUGACUGAAUCUAUAAAAUCACAUUCUCGUCAAUCGAGUAUAGAAAGUGACUUGCUUCUGAAAAGUCAUCGUCGUAGUAGCAGUAUCCCAAGAACUCAAAUCAAUAACAAUAGUAAUCAUACCACUAAUAAUGGAUUAUUAUCCAUCCAGCCACAUCAAGCCACGGUGAAAGGUAAUGGUUCAGGGAGAUUCCAUGUUAUUACAGCUUCUAUGACACCUACAACUCCAACUGCAUUAUCGCCGGCUUCUUCCCUAUCACCAACAAGCAGCACUUCACCUACUACGCCUUCAAAUGAAUUAUCAUCUCCUACUACCAAUAAUUCUAAAUCAAAUAGAUCACCUCAUCAUGAAAUUUUAUCGGGACCUUCAUCAGGAAUAUUUAGUAAACCUAUAUUAGACGGUAUUUUUUCACCAACAAGAACAUCCCCACCAAUUACACCUGUAACUAUAACUAAUUUUCAUGAUUUAUUAGGAGAUGAUGUCAAUAAAGAUAUUUAUACAAUUCAAUAG